CUAGAUUUUGAGCAGUUCCAACAUGAUUUUUCCUGUGAAAUCCCGUCUUCUCAACCGCGGAAAUAUUGUCUAAAAUGUGUUUUCAUGCCAGGCGUACGUAAUGACGUAAUGGCGAGUCGUAAAGCGUCACUCCUCACCACCCAGCUGCCAAGCAAAACAUUUCUUGCUAGGCUGUUUGUAUUUAUUCAACUGCUAUAUUACAUAUAAUGGCCUCAGCUCCAGCCCAGCAGCCCACCCUCACUGUUGAGCAGGCCAGAGUGCUGAGUGAGGUCAUCCAGGCCUUCUCUGUGCCAGAGAAUGCAGCACGGAUGGAGGAGGCACGGGAGAGCGCCUGCAACGACAUGGGCAAGAUGCUGCAGCUGGUGCUCCCUGUGGCCACCCAGAUCCAACAGGAGGUCAUCAAAGCAUAUGGCUUCAACAAUGAGGGAGAGGGUGUCCUUAAAUUUGCCCGUCUGGUGAAGAUGUAUGAAACUCAGGACCCAGAGAUAGCAGCCAUGUCCAUCAAACUGAAGUCUCUUCUCCUGCCUCCCCUGUCCACUCCACCCAUAGGUGGUGCCAUCACAGCUUCCUAGGAAACUCGCCUUGGUCUCUCAGAAGGGACAUCUAAAAAAAUGUUACUGGACUUGAAAAUGUGUGUGCAUUGUCAAUUUCAUAAAGUACGUGCACGCUUGGAACUCUUUUUUUUUUCAAUCAAUCAAUCAUAGGAAAAAGUGAAUUGGUUACCUUGGUAUAUCACCCUGGGAUAAUGCACACAAAUCAGACCUGUAUUGGUUCAAAUGAAAACAAAAUUUCAGAAUUGCAACCUCCAACCAGGAUAGACAAAUUUCAUUCUUCAAAGUUUAGUUAUUGCAUUCCUGGAUUUAAAUGCAAUACACCUGACAGCUAACUUAAAUCCUGUUUAUGAAUAUUUGUUUUCCGUAUUUAUUUAUUUUGCAUUUUGUCUUAAGUCAUUUAUACCAUAAUUUACUGUUUGACCUUUUCAAUCUGUCACUGCUGGAUAAGAGUUAAUACAUGUAAUAAAAAAAUAAAAUGCUACUCAGA